GAGUGCACUAGCUUCAAACGGUGAUGUCGGUUGUUGUAGCAACCGAAAGGCGUAACAGCGUGGACGUUGUAUCUGUAGUUAGUUGUGUUGGUAGUAAUACUAGCUAAAUAUUAGUUAACGUCGCGAUAUGUUUGCUAAAAUUAAUUUGAAUACGUCUCACGUUCACCGUCAAGUUGUGUUUGUCUUGGUUUUGAAUAAAGUCAGCUUAAUGUGCUAAGUGCUAAGUGAGCUAAAUACGCUAACCUAACACCUCAGCUUCCAGACAGAUUUCAAUUUCAGUAAAUGCUUUUUACCGUGCAUUGUAUGUUUGUAUACUCGUUGUCUGAUUAAGAAGAAAAGAAAAUAGUUGCUCAGCAUGUCGGCUGUCAGCAACCUCGUCCCUGCGCGGUUCCUGACCAUCACAGCCCACCUCGUCAUUGUUAUCACCAUCUUUUGGUCGAGGGAAAACAACGUGAAGGCUUGCUUGCCUUUGGAUUACACCCAAGAGCAAUACGACGAUGAAGACAGGAAGUUGGUGGUGGCACUGGCAGUCACCCUCGGUCUGUUUGCUAUAGAGUUGGCUGGAUUCUUCUCAGGAGUGUCUAUGUUCAACUGCAGCCAAGGUCUCCUGUCAACGGGAGCUCAUGCCAGUGCCUCAGUGGCUCUGCUUUUCUUUCUAUUUGAGCAGUGGGAGUGUGACAUCUACUGGUGGAUCCUUGCCAUUUGCAGUGUGCUACCCGCUUUUGUGGAGAUUCUCCUGUUCAUAGCUGUUUUCGGACUGAAGAAGAAGCCGCUAUGAGAGACAUGAAAGACAGUCCGGAUGUGAAAUGCUACAAAUGAGUGUGGAUGUGGACAUCUGUUCCGAUGUAUCAACAGAUAGGCUACUGUAACAACAGAAGGUCUGUGAUUCAUUAUCACUGUGCUGAGGAAUGAACUGAUGAACAAUGUUUAAUGUAUAACCUUGUCGAGAGAAAAGUGAUAAUUUGUCAUCUGUUUUUUAAUGUUCUCACUUUGUCUGUCAAAUUUUCAUGGAAAGUCUUAAAAUGACAAGAUAAUCCCAAAUACAUUUUGUACAUAUUGUUUCUCAAACUGUCGAUGGUUGUGUGUUCUUUUCGCUCGGACUCUCUUUGACUCUCUAGUCUAUUUUCGCCUCCCAGGCACAUCUUUUACACAGCACAAACCAUUUACAAAUAAUGUCUCCUUCUCCCACAUCAGCAGACCCCAACCAGGGUCUUAAUCCAGUGUCUCUUCAGUCAUUUGAGUGGUGGAGCUUUUGAGAUAAUAAACAGCCUUUUUUUACUGUACCUGAUGCAAAGCAUGAUACCCACAGUUCUGCAAUACAUUAAUAAAAGCUGGG